AUGAGGCCCAUUCUUUCUCCCCUCCUUCUCGCUCUAUCUUCUCUACCCUUUUCCAGAUCUGCACUAUGCGUCCUGUCCUGGAACAUAUCCUACGUGCCCCCAGGAGGCUUGAGGGACAUUUCGUUUCCCAUCAACCUUUCUAGAGCGCCCCAUGUCGCCGGCUACCAUUUCGCCCAGCGAGUCAAAUUCUACGGCCAGACCUCGGUGGCAUACGCUGGGCUUCAGCCUCGACAAGACACGUCAUCAGGAGCGACUGUUCUUCGCGGCGUAUUUACGAGUUUCAUCAACGGCACAACGACAACCGAUCCCAACUGCUCCGAGGGCGUCGACGACGGGCCAGGUGUCAGCUGUGCUCAUGACUUUUCCGGCUCGCACGCGGAUACAUGGGAUUUAAUCAUGACAAAUACGGCCGGGACGACUUGGGCCGGAAAAGCGGUGAAUUACAAGAACGGCACGGCGUUCCACAUUGGCACGUGGACUCUGCCUGAAGGCACGGGGGGGAUUCAAGGGUCACAGGUUGGCUUUAUGGACUAUUUCCCCUGGAAUACCAACUUUUCCAUGACUUGCGCGGAUCUCCCUCCCACGGAGUGUACCUUUUCCCCGCCGACGACGGGCAGCUCGUGGAAUGGGUACUCUGUUGGUUCAAUAAGUGGGAGUGUGGAAAGGUGCGAGAACAACGUGGACCACGGGCCAAGUCUCAACGGGGGGUGGCGGUUUGCCAUUUUCUAA